AUGUUCCGCCAUAAGGACGACAGGCGGCCAUCUUUAUCACAAGGCCCCACAGAAUCGGGCUCUGACUCUGAGGGGUACGACCCUACUGAGGAACAAACACCCCUCACAAAGGAAGACCUAAGGAGGAUGCUCAGGGAGACCUCGGACGACAUAAAGGCCUACACGACGGCCGCCCUGGAGAAACAAAUUGCAGGCCUCAAGGAGGAUAUUGAAGCCUUGGCCUCACGCACCAGCCACACGGAAAAACGAUUAACAGACACACAGGCCGCAACCACGCAACACUCCAGAGCCAUUGAGACACUACAGGAAAGGGUAUUAUACCUGGAGGAUGGCCUAGAAGAUCUUAAUAAUAGAUCACGGAGGCAAAAUAUAAGAAUUAGGGGCCUGCCCGAAUCAAUCCAGCCGGAAGCUAUAUUACCCACGGUCCAAGCAAUCUUCCAAUCAAUCCUACCAGAUACAUCUGAACAGGAGCGCUACAUCGAACGUGCGCAUAGGGCCCUGCGCCCCCCAGCCUUCAAUCUAAAUGCGCCCAGGGACGUCAUUACCAAACUCCUGCACUUCCCUAUAAAGGAACGACUCAUGAAAGCAGCACGAGACAGCCCCCCAAUCUACCAGGGGCACACACUACACUUCUACCAGGAUCUGGCACCGACCACCCUGAAGAAACGGCGGGACCUCCAGCCCCUUACGACCGCCCUCAUGGAGAAGGGCUGGCGAUACAUGUGGGGUCAUCCCUUUAAGCUUCUUGUCAAAAAGGGCGAUCAAACAUACACCCUACAUCAAGUCACAGAUAUGCAGGACUUUGCCACCCACAUCGGCCUCUCACUGCGGCAACCAACACCGACCGCCGACCCAUCCGCGGAGAACAGCAGACACAGCGAGCUGAGACCCCGUCCGCCCAGACAACAGACCAAGCCGAGACCCUACACCGCACCCAAAGGACAACUCCAUAUGGACAAUUGA